GGGGUAUCGAUGGAUGGAUGCUACCUGUACGAUGCAAGCUAGACAGGCAAUGGUCCCUGAUUAUUGUUCUGGUCCCACCGCUAUACAAUCUCUCGGCUGCUAUGGGGCGUCCGAGAUGAUCGACCCACACCCCGCUUAACUUCGGAAUUCUCGGGGUUCCGCCAGACUUGCCGGACUGGUGAACACCGAGCAGGAAUUGCCUAGCCAGCUCUGCGUUUCGCCCUGUGAGGACUCUCGCGGGCUGGACUUUGCGAUCGAGAGGGUAUGGAAAACAUCAAGAUUCAUCUUUAUCAUCACUCAUGAGUAGUGCGCGUCGUCGCAACGGCAAACCGGCCUCGUGCGAGCCCUGCCGACGCGACAAGGCCAUGGCUGUGUUUAGGAAUUCCCAGUCUGGCGAAACUUCCUCUAAUUCGAAUCUACCAAAUACAUCCAAUGAGAAUACAUCGUCGCGAGAGGUAGGAUCAAGGUCUAAACCGCUGCUUGCGGGGUAUUUUGGUCCUACAAGUUUCGUGUCUCCUCUGACUGACGAUGUGGACCUUGUAUCUGCUGGCCAGGGCUUGGACGUCGUUGAAGGUACACAGCGUGUCCUGCCACCAUACUGGGUUCAGAAGAUUUCGGAGAUCCUGUUGACUCUGGGGGAUUUCUCCGCUAUAGAGUCCCUGCUGCGCGAGUAUUAUGACCUGAGUCAGAGUGCCGCAAUCCCUGCGCCAUUCAUCCUGAACAGCAUUGGCCCUUUCAAGGCAAUGUGUGAACAAUGUCCCCGUGUAAGGAAUAUCGAGGACUUGACAUCCUCAAUCACUGUACGUAUAAUUCAGAACACAGCAGAGACAUUUGAGGUCGCGCCAACUAUGGCUGGAAAAGACUUCCAUCAGCUCUUCACGGGUCCGGCUAUCCGGCUAGAAAUGAUUGGAGUCAUCUGUUCCAUUGCUGGUAGAGCCCGGUAUCUGGGACUAGCUCGUGAUAAGUUUGACGGCCAAUCGUCGCCUAUCCAGUUCGCGCGAAAAAUGCUGGCAGCUAGUGAUGCUGCCAUAUACAUUUGCAAGAUUCUUACACCGCUGAACGAUCUGACGAUCUGGCUUGUGCAUGAGAAUCUUUUGCUUUCUGAUUCGAUCAAUGGAGAUUCUAGCCCUCAUUGUUGGAGCCGACUGGGCGACCUGUCGACAGACAUCUUCGCACUGGGUCUGCACCGCGACGCGAAAAGCUCCGAUCAGCUCCCAGAAUUUCUACUCGAAGCGCGCCGUAGGCAAUUUGCUGCCGCCUACCAACUUGAUAAAAGCAUUGCCACAUUUCUAGGACGUCCUCCUAGGAUUCCCUUACGCUAUUCUGAUUGCCGAAUGCCUCUCGACAUUAGCGAUGAUGCGCUUGCGCCUGAAGAUACGAAUCUUCAAUAUUGUCCCACCGAUCUUGAUGCCAACAAUUGGAAUGUUCAUGGUGUGUUCCAACGCUCCUCGUGGAUGAGAGUACGGUUCAUUAUUAGCAUGUUUCGUGACGAGAUCUUGGAGGUCUCGUUACAGAAGGUUACGCCACAAACAGCCCAUCUGUUAAAUGAUAUCUCUCACCGCUGUCAUUUAGCGUGGGAGUCUUUACCUGCUCAUCUGCGAUAUACACCACACUGCUGGGGGAACAAAUACCCCGUAGCAGUGUGUCUUCUUUUGACUGUUUCCUAUCUGGCAUACUUGUACAACGAUUUCCUCAUCCAGAGGCUACUAGCAGGCAAGAAGAAUCCUAGAGGAAGCACGGCUCUGCUCUCUGUGAGCGCUGGAAUAUUAUCGUCUGUUCUCACUAUUGGAGCACAGAGAGAGCAGAUGGUAGACAUUCGACCCGAUUUUACUUGGACAAUUCUCCUCUACGGGUUCCCGAGUGCCAGCCUCCUUAUAAAAGCCCUUCAGCACCAAAAGCGGACUGGUGAACCGUUUCUCUACGAAGGCUCUCGAUCAGCCCUUCUUCGCAACUUGAGCGUCUUUAUCUCGCACCUCGAGACCAUUGUCCGCCCAGAUAACUCAAACUACGCACUAUUUCAAAGGGCAAGUCAAGUGUUCUCCAAGAUCAUUGACGAAGUCCUUGAGCCCCAAGAUACUAUUGUGGAUACCGAGAUUAGCGAUGCAUCACUCUUUGACUUUGAUCAGAUGAUCCCAGUGGACGGCCUGGACUUGUUCAACACCAUGGAUUUUGGGGUUGCCUUUAAUCAAUGGCUAUUCUGAUUACGAUAAAAUCCCAUGAAAAUUAAAUGUAUUAGGGUACUAGCAGUCAUAAGAUC